AUGUCGAACCAAGAAACCGAAAAUACACCCACUCUGCUGGCCGUUCAACAAUCUGUUGGUGGUCCAAGGGAAACUACAGCGGAACCUUUGAAUGAAGCAACAAAAAUUACAAAAAUCACUAAAGCAACAUCAGCAGAAAAUGCACCAUCAAUAGUCGAACACACUUGUCAUUGGAAAGACUGCCCCGACCCUAACCAUACCAAUCUCGCCAAUCUUGUUCACCACGUCAAUAGUAUCCACGUAGGCCCACCAGCUGCAACUCCCAACACGAUAAAAUAUACUUGUUUCUGGCAGGGUUGUGCACGUUACGGUAACGAUCAACCCAGCCGAUUCGCUUUAAUCUCGCAUUGUAGAACACAUACUGGAGAGAAACCGUAUUUCUGUCCCAUUCCAGAAUGCGAAAAGCAUUUCACACGGUCUGAUGCAUUGACAAAACAUGUCAAGAGUGUCCAUGACUUGCACGUCAUCAAGGAUCAAUUGAGCGCGUUAAAGGAACGAGCCAAGAGAGAAAAGUUGAAUUUAGGGUUUGAUGUGGAAAAGUUGUCCGAAGAUGACUAUUUGAAGAUCAUUGAGGGUGACUUUGAAUUGAAAAUGCCGUGGUGGUAUAAUGUUAAUACAAUUGCAUUGAUGCAAAAAUUGCAAAGUGCCAACGACAACACUAGUACAGAAAAGGCGAUGAGUUUGGAGGAUAUACCUUUUGACUACAAGUAUUUCAAACUUGCACAUGCACGAAUCAAACAUUUUAUUACUAAUCAAAAGAGGAGAGGAGGGCAAGACUAUGACGGGUCAUUUAUCCCUGAUCAUGAUGUGAAUAAUAGUGUAGUUAAUAUCGUGAAGCGACAGUUGCUGGUUGGGAAAUCCGCUAGGGAGAUACACGACUACAAUAGCGACGGUAUUUUAAAAUCCUUGUCGGAUGAAUCACAAGAGCUUGCUACUAGAUACGAUAAUGGUAUUAGCCUCAGCAAAAGCUCCGUUAAUGGAAAUGGUGAUAAUACAUAUCGCCAUCAGAGACAUGCUGAUGUUGACGACGAUGAUGAUGAUGAUAAUGAUGAAUAUGCUAAUAAGGAGAUUGACAAAAUUUCAGGUGUUGAUGAGUUAAAGAAAUUACACAGAAAACUACUAAAUCUGUUAAAUACAGGCAUUCGGAUUAACAAGACACUUUCUAAGAAUCUUUCGCAAAGUAUACUAGAAAAAAGGAGAUUGUGGUUGCAAAAUUCUAUUUUGAUUGAUGCAAAUGCAGAAAUCGGAUUGCCUCCAAAGCCAGAUAAGAAUAAUCCUCAACGAGUGAUUCAGGAUAAGUAUGACGUGGAAUUAGCGCGUCGGUAG